AUGGCGUCAAACAGGACGCUGUAUUGGUCUCUCUUUCUCUCUCUCUUGGUGAGUCUUGGGAGCAGCAUAACGAUAAAAAAGCAAGACAAAAACUCGGCCUACUACAAAUACACAAAAAUUCGCCAUAUUGAAGGGAUUCCGUCCUGUAUAACGGAUUUAGAUCAACUGGACGAGAAGGAUUCCAUCACUCACCAUAUUCACACAAACAAUGUCACCCUAAAGCUUUUGGUGCUAGUAGAAUCUACAAAAGGGGAGGAAUGGCGUAUGGGGAUUAGGGAAACGUGGGGAAGUCAUGCUUCACUAGGUGAGGAGACAUUACUAUUGUUUGCUGUAAGAGAAGGACAUAGCUCUUUAUUAAUGAAUGAGAGUAAAGAACACAAAGACAUGAUUAUAUUCAAUCGCGUGAGUUCAUCUCAUCCAAAGAGCUCCUGCCUCGUCCACUACCUCUACUGGGUCCAGAAACUUUUCAAUUUCUCAUUCUUGCUCAGAACCCAUGACAAAUACUUUGUGAAACCUCGCGAGAUAAUGAGCCUCAUACACUCUCACAAUCAGUUCGACUUAGAGCUCUAUCUUGGUUACUUUCGCGGUAACAAGGAAAUAGAGGGAAGUGACAGCUCCUCUUGGUUUCAUUGCCCAUCAUAUGCAGUCCAUGCUGACGAUGGUGGAUACAUACUGUCAUCUGGAUUAAUUGAGCGAUUCCUCAAAGCUAAGAGCUAUCUUUAUUAUUACAAUAACGAAGGAGCCAGCAUUGGCCUCUGGUGCAGUCCUUUUAAAGACAUCAAGUUUGUACAUGACACCGGGUUUGAUACAAGCCUGGAAAGAAGUCGUGGCUGCUUGAACAGUUACUCCAUUACUCCAGUAGCCUCCCUAGCUCAGAUGAGAGAGAUGUACAGCGUGUAUAGGAUGAAUGGUCAAGCUUACUGUACAAAAGAGUACGAGAAUGAACAUACUUAUCAUUAUAACUGGUCUGCCCUGCCAAGCAAAUGUUGCCAGGAGAAGAUACAUGGAAAGAAACUUUGA